ACGCCCAAUCAAGACAAUCGAGUCUGCCGUAGCGUAGGCAGUCGUAAGAACGCGCGCUCGGGCGCUUGACGUUUCUAGCUUAAUAAAUAGGCUAAUUUAUAAUCCGACGAACUUUAUACUACGUCAGUGUGGCUGUUACAUGUUUUUGGUGCAAGUGUGCGUGUAACCUUAUACUCGGAUGCGGAUCUAUUUCCUACAUGUUGUGAAAUAGUUUUCUUCUAACUGUCACAGGCUGUACCAAAUGACGUAGCCCCAAAAUGAAGGAUUUUGGUCUGAAGCUGCCAACGCGCAACGUCCUCACGGGGGCGAUUGUGAACUGGGAGGAUGACGAGAUCGGGGGCAUGGGGGACAACCCUGAGAACCUCACACUGGCCUGGAAGGACCUCUCAGUGUAUAGGAAGAGGAAACAUCAGACCAGCAUAUGGAGAUCGCCCACGUAUGAAGAGGUGAAGGUGUUGCAUGGAGUGAGCGGUAUUGUGUCGUCCGGCAACUUGGUAGCUCUCAUGGGUUCAAGUGGUGCCGGAAAGACGACUCUUCUGGCUGCCAUAAGCCGCCGCGACAAAAGCGCCAUGACGGGUUACCUCAUGCUGAACGGACGCCUGGCCGGGGCGGAUCUGAUCGCCAGGAUCUCUGGCUUCUUGCCGCAAGAGGAUCUCGCGAUUGAGGACUUGACAGUAGCGGAACACAUGGUAUUCAUGGCCAGACUGAUGAUGGACAAGCGCUCAACAAAGAUCAUCCGCGCCAAGAGAGUGCAGCAACUGCUAGGAGAGCUUGGGGUGGCCAACUGCACCAGGACGAAGCUGAAGGCUCUGUCUGGAGGCGAGAGGAAGAGGGUCGCUUUGGCUGUCCAGCUCCUCAACGACCCCCCAAUCCUGUUCUGCGACGAGCCCACAACUGGACUGGACAGCUGGGCAGCCAGUGCGGUCGUCUCGCGUCUCCGCAAGCUAGCCAUAGGCGGGAAGCUGGUCAUCUGCUCCGUCCACCAGCCGGCUUCGGGCGUCUUCGAGCUGUUCCACCAGGUGGUCUUGCUGGCCAAUGGAAGAAUGGCCUUCCAUGGGACGAUCGAGCAAGCUGACAUUUUCUUUACGUCACUAGGCUUCAAAUGCCCAAUGGGGUUCAACGCAGCGGAGUACUACGUGUCCCUCCUAGGGGUCCAGGUGGACAAAGAGAUGGAGAGCCGUGAGAGGAUCCGGAAGAUCUGCGAUGAGUACCAGCGCUCCGAGAUAGCGGUGGACAUUGAGAACAGAGUUGGGGACGUUAAAGAUGAAACGGAGUACUUUGAAGGCACUGUCGAUAAUAAGAAUGAUCUGUUCGAGAGAUAUCUAACUCUAGUCAAAGUGAACUACUUCGUCCAAUUUUACUGGCUGAUGUGGAGGAAUAUACUCACGAUAAAACACAAUAGCAGUAUAUGGAUAGCUGAAUUUGUACUUCUAAUGUUCGUAGGCCUCAUCAUCUCCAUCCCAUACAUGGGCCACUUCGACGAGCUCGACCAGCGCGACAUCCAGAACGUCGAGGGUCUGCUGUACCUCACCAUCACGGAGACCAUCUUCCUCUUCAUCUACGCCGUCUUCAUCACGUUCCCCAGCGAAGUGCCCAUCUUGCUGCGGGAGACAGCCAGUGGGCUGUAUUCGCCGCUGCCGUAUUAUUUGUCGAAGAUGAUAUUUUGGAUACCCCGGGCGGUGAUCGAGCCGCUGCUUUUCGCGUCGCUGGUGUUCAGCGUGGCUGGUCUCCACGGCGGGUUCACCGGCUGGCUCGGCUUCAGCUUCGUCUGCAUACUGUGCGCUAACUACGCCAACGCUUAUGGCUCGUUCCUCUCAGCAUCGUUCGACCGUAUGGAGACAGCAGCCUUGUUCUCAGUUCCCUUCGAACUGAUCGGCACAAUGUUCUCCGGAAUCUACCUGAAUCUCGCCAGUGCCACCAAAUACGUCUCUUGGAUCAGAUACUUCUCAGGGUUCUACUACGGAGUUGAAUCCAUCUCGAUCCUCCAAUGGAAUUCCAUUGAAUCUAUCAAAUGCGUAAAUGUACCAGGGAUGCCUUGCAUCAAAACUGGUCCAGAAGUUCUUGCGCGGUUUGGUUAUAAGGAUGAGAAUUUCUGGAGGAACUGCACUGCACUCGCGACUAUGUAUUUUGUGGCUCACUUCAUUGCGUUCACUAUGGUCCUGAAGAGAAGUAGGGGGACGCCCGUAUAUUGAUUUUAUAUUUUACUUGGUUUUGGUAGAUGAUACCAAUUGUUACGGGUAUGAUUUUUUUUGUUAAUAGCAUCUACUAUGUGCUGGUCGCUAUUUAAAGUAAAUUCAGUCUAAGAUAAAAUUUGUUUCGAAGAUCUUA